AUGUGUGUACUAUAUAGUGUUCGUACGUAUACAUACGUACAAUUACAUGUUAACACGUUUACGCGCACGCAUAUUCUCACGGCAAAGAACUGCUUCUCUUCGUGGACUGGUUUUGGCUUCCUUAUAAACUUUAUUCAAUUCUUUGUAAUAUGCUAAAGGGUAUACUUAAAGAUGUGUGCGAUUUCAUGGUGUGAGAUAAAAAGAUUCAAAUCUUCAAUAUCAGUAUCAAAUUCUAAGGUUUGCAUACCAUAUAGAAUAAAACGUGGCCCUACCGAUAUUUUACGUGCUCUUGAAUCUACUAUACCAGAAAAUAUUGCGACCAAGAAUUAUGUAUUUCGUAAAGAUCCAUAUUUAUCUCCAACCGGGACAAUAAAUAAUCGUUCUUAUGGAUUGUCAUAUGAAUCAGGGAGAAAAGCUGCAAUAUGGAUACAUAACGAACAUAAAGAUUUAUUCCCAAAACAUCUUUCAGAGCCACAAAUUGAUGCAUUUACUCCAUCUAAAAAAUAUACAGAUAAAAGUGAAGUAUCAGAGGAAAUGCUUUUGCAUGCUAUAUCUUGUCGUAAAAUAUCUGAUGCUGUACAUAUUUAUAACUUGUUAGAAGAUAAUAUCUCUGAUGAAACAAAACAAGUACUUCUAGAAUUAUUAUGCUUUUAUCAGAAUGAAAACAAAUUACUGAAUAAGUUACACUUUGAACUACAUUUUCAAGCAAUUAAUGAAAAAUAUACGUUGGGGUACAGGUCGGAGAUUAAUAAAUUAUAUCAGUCUCUAAUAAGUGUAGCUUCUCCAAUAACAGUAGCAGCAGCUCACAAUACCAUGAUAUGUGGUUUAAUAAAAUCCUCAAAAAUGCAGGAAGCUUGGUUAUUAUACAAAAAAUGUAGAGAAGAAAAUGUUCCAUUUAAUGUUACUACUUACAAUUAUGUAUUGUCACUAUACAAACACAUGUUUGAUAAUGAUAUUUAUCUAAAAAUGCAAAGUAUGUUUGAAAUUCUUACGAAAAUGAGUAAGGAUGGAAUUAAACCUAAUAUUAAAACAUUAAAUACUGUUCUUCAAGUAAUUAGUACAAUUCAUGGAAAAGAAAUUUUCCAUGUUGUAGAACAUGUUGUUAGACAGUUCAUGUCUAUUGGUAUAAAACCUUCAUUAGCAACAUAUGCUUAUAUGUUGUUUACAUUACAGAAUCAAGGUGUAUUAAGAAAUACAUAUGAUAAAUUUAAAGAUAUUAUAGAACAAGUUGUAAGCCAUGAAAAAUUUAUCAUUGAAGAUGCAAUGGACUAUAAAUUUUUUAUAUGUGCUAUGCAUUUAACUCUAACUUUCAAUGAUAGGAAAUCUGCAUACCAGAUUGAUGAUCUGCUUCUUGCACAGGACAAGUGGUUUUUAUAUCAAAUAUCAGAAACCAAUUAUUACAUUAAAUAUAUAUUAUGUAUAUUAUCAAACAGCAAUUUCUCAGAAUUUUUCGGUUUAUAUACCAGUCUUGUUCCGAAUCGAUAUCUGCCAUCAAAGUAUGUCUACAAUGAUAUUUUAAAGAAAUGUUCAUACAUAACAAUAGAAGAAUUGACGACAUAUUUACCAAGAUUAUGGUCAGAUUUAGAUAUGAUACAUAAUUCAAAUCUUGAAUUGAAGUUGACUUUUCUACGUUUAUAUCAAAUGAACAUGUUAUCAUUUGAAUCAACUUUAAAAACAACUUUUAUGAAUAUAGCUCAGAAUUGUUGGGAUAUUAUUAAGAUGAAAAUGAACUCUGCAAAGUACGACUUUUCAAUUGAAACUAACAUGAUGGCUUCUAUAGCUUUAAUAUUCUUACAUGGAGAUAAUAUAAAUGAAAGUAUUAAGGUUUUGGAAUAUACUGUUAAAACAUCAAAUAUGUUUAUUCCAACAAUGACCGACAAGCAACUGAAUGAAUUAUUUGAAUAUUAUAUUUCAAAGCAAUGUACCAUAGGAGCUUUCCUUGUUCUUGAAUGUUCCAUAAACUUAGGAUUUAAACAUAUUGUUCAAAAGGCUACAGAAUUAUAUAAUCUUCCCCAGCUUACAAAUGAUGAUCGUGACAGAUUGACUAAUUUAGUAGGGGCGAAAAUGUUGCAUACAUCAAAAUCAAAUUAA